GCUACGGAUAUGGCGGCUGGAUCACGAUGGAGCCUGAAUGCCGAGGGCACGCGGUCAUGAAGUACGACGACGGACGCUUCUUCAGGCGGGUGGAACCCAACUGCUGGUCCCCAGAGGACAGGAUAGCGGACAUGGACAGAACAGGUGUCACAAUCCAAGCGUUGUCGACAGUUCCGGUGCUCUUUAGUUACUGGGCAAAGCCGGAGGACGCGCUGGACUUCAGCCGCCUGCAGAACGACUACGUGGCUUCGGCAGUGCGUCGCCACCCGGACCGGUUCGUGGGCAUGUGCACACUGCCCAUGCAAUCGCCGGAGCUGGCCGUGCAGGAGCUCAAGCGCUGCGUCACGCAGCUGGGCUACGGCACGGUCAUCUUGGGCUCGCACGUCAACGACUGGACGCUGGCUGACCCACACCUGGACCCCUUCUACAAGACAGCCGAGGAGCUAGGCGUCGGCGUGUUCGUGCACCCCUGGGAUAUGCCGCAAACGAAACGCAUGUCGAAGUACUGGCUUCCCUGGCUAGUCGGCAUGCCGGCCGAGACGACGGCCGCCAUCUGUGAUGUCAUCUUUGGCGGCGUCCUGGAAAAGUUCCCGCGACUCAAGCUCUGCUUCGCCCACGGGGCGGGAGCCUUUCCUUACACCGUCGGCCGGAUACAGCGCGGAUUCGACGCGCGUCCCGACCUGUGUGCCGUUGACAACGACGUGCCACCGACGAGCUACCUGGGCAAGUUCUACUCGGACUCACUGGUCAUGAGCACCAAGGCCCUCCAGCUGCUGGUCGAUACUCUUGGAGAGGACAAAGUGAUGCUUGGCAGCGACUACCCGUUCCCACUGGGAGAGGCCGAUCUCCCAGGUCGCCUUAUUGAGGAGAGUUCUUUCAGCGAAACGAUCAAGGAAAAAUUACUUUGGAGGAAUGCUGCAGCCUUCCUGGGAGUCGAUAUCGACAAAGCCUGACACAUAUUUUGAUUUAAAGCAUUUAAAAAAAACACGAGAAGAAAUGAGCACCGAAUACGACAAUAAAUAAACAUAGAUGUUGCAGGUUU